AUGGAAUCGUCUCGCAUCUUCGUACGUGGGCUGCCGCCCAAGUUCACCGAGGACGAUGUGCGCAAGCAUUUUGCCAAGUUCCCGGUCACAGACGUCAAGUUCUUUCCACAUCGCCGCAUUGGAUACGUCGGUUACAAGACGCCUGAGGAUGCUGCGAAGGCUGUCAAGUACUUCAACAAAACCUUCAUCCGGAUGACCAAGAUCUUUGUCGAGGUUGCCCGGCCGAUCUCGGACGAGCUGCUACCCAAGUCACGACGACAGAUCAAGGUUGAGAAGACUGCACCCAGGAGUGACGACUACUUCCCACCACCGAAGGAAGACAAUGCUCUGAAGCGCAAGCGUGAAGAAGCAGAGCAAGAUCCAAAGCUAAAGGAGUUCCUCGAGGUCUAUCAGCCACCCUCAAAAACCAAUAUUUGGACAGAGGGUGAUGCGCAAAUUGCUGCAGGCAAUUCUGCAGCAGCUGAACAGUCUGUACAAGACGUAGUCGUACCUGCAGACGAAAGCGACGACGAGUACCAGGUCAUCGCCAAGAAGCCCAAGACCGUAGAAGCAUCAAACGAGGCACUGACGGAGACACAUCCUGUACCAGCGGCCGAGCCCAUCAACGCUACCAAAGACGCUGUUGUGCAGGACACCGACGAAACAAUGCAGGAUGCGCCAGAUGCAGUCGCGGCUGACCAACCUCCCACAACCGACGAUGACUGGCUGCGAUCACGGACAAACAGACUCUUAGAUCUUGUCGAGGAUGACGAUGUCCCUGUCGCUCCUGCAUCUGCCCCAUCAAAACCUGCCGCUGAGAAGCGUGACUCCCCAGUGGCUAUCGAACAGCAGCUUGAGUCUACGCAAACUGCCGAUGCACCGGUUGUUGAUGCUGUGCCGUCCGAAGAAGACAAGAUCCGAGAAACAGGUCGACUGUACCUUCGAAACCUACAUUUCGAGGUCGCUGAAGAGGACAUUAGAAAACAGUUUGCCAAAUACGGAUCACUCGCUGAAGUGCAUGUGCCCUUGAAGAAGAUCGAUGGCAAGGGUAAGGGCUUCGCGUUCGUGCAGUUCAAGGACCCUGAAAAUGCCGUCGAGGCCUUCAAUGAGAAUGAUAGAACCAUCUUUCAGGGUCGUCUCUUGCACGUAAUCUCCGCCAAAGCGAAGAAGGACACCAAGCUUGACGAAUUUGAGAUCUCCAAACUGCCACUGAAAAAGCAGAAGGAGAUCCGACGGAAGCAAGAUGCUGUCAAAGCUACCUUCAAUUGGAACUCGCUGUACCUCAAUGCAGAUGCGGUCAUGUCCACCCUUGCGAGUCGCAUGGGGAUAAGUAAGGCAGAGCUGCUUGAUCCAACGUCUUCUGACGCUGCGGUCAAACAAGCUCAUGCCGAGACCCACAUUAUCCAGGAGACCAAGAACUACUUCGCUCAACAUGGGGUAGAUCUUGAGGCUUUCAAAAACAGCGCAAAGGGCGACACUGCGAUCUUAGUCAAGAAUGUUCCUCACUCUGUCACAGCAGAUGAACUGCGAAAGACGUUCGAGGAGCAUGGCAAAAUCACAAAGUUCCUCAUGCCACCGACGGGCAUGACUGCUAUUGUAGAAUUCUCAAAUGCUGCAGAGGCGAAGACAGCAUUCAUGGCCCUUUCGUAUCGUAAGAUGAUGGGCUCCAUCUUGUACCUCGAAAAGGCACCGAAAGAACUGUUCAAGGAGGGCUUUGUGGCACCUGUAGUUCAGGAAACGUCCACCAACAAGCCAGAUGCCAAACUCACUGCAACGGACUUGCUCGAAGAAGCUCCCGAACCAGAUGCGUCGAAUACCGCCACCCUCUAUGUCCGGAAUCUUAACUUUUCUACCACAACCGAGCGCCUUACAGAGACGUUCAAGCCUCUCUCCGGCUUCCGCAGUGCCAGAGUCAAGACCAAGAUUGACCCGAAGCGAGGUGUACUAUCGAUGGGUUUCGGCUUUGUCGAAUUCGAUAGCCCAGAAGCAGCAACAGCUGCGCUUCGAACCCUGGAUGGCCAUGAUUUGGAGGGCCACAAGCUGCAGAUUAAAGCAUCCCACAAGGGUGCAGAUGCAGCAGAGGAGCGGCGCAAAGAGGACGCCGCAAAAAAGGCGGCGAGCACCAAGAUUCUUAUCAAGAACUUGCCCUUCGAAGCUAGCAAGAAGGAGGUGCGCGCCCUGUUCACCCCUUACGGCCAGCUUCGGUCCGUCAGGGUGCCCAAGAAGUUUGAUUCGUCUUCACGUGGUUUCGGUUUCGCUGAGUUCACCACAAAACGCGACGCUGUCAACGCCAUGAACGCCUUGAAGAACACCCAUCUUCUCGGUCGACGAUUGGUUCUUGCCUUUGCAGAGACCGAAUCGGACGAUCCCGAGAAGGAACUCGAGAAGAUGCAGCAGAAGAUGGGAGCACAGGCCAACAAGGUUGCCCUGCAAAAGCUCACGGCAGGCGGCCGCCAGAAGUUUAACGUUGCAGGCAGCGACGAGCUAGAUGAAUGA